CUUUUCUCUCGCUGCCGCUUUCUUCAUUUACACAAGCUCCGGGAAUCCUGCGACUGGUUAGAUCCACAUCGCCGACUGCGCGGUCUUAUCUCUUGCCGUCUCAACUGCCAGAUCUGCGGCGGAUAUCGGCAGUGUCGCAGACGCAAGAUUUGCAAGCCCAUGAGGUCAGAUCCAAACAUACCUUUCUCACUUCGCAGGUCUAAGGGACAAACACGCAGCACGAACCAGAUUGUUGAAUACAGAUUGAUACCAUUUAUGGGUGCAGCAACAACACUCGUCUGAUCGCUUCCCGCCGCAGCUCAAGGAGGGCUGCCGAAGCAGCAGCUAGCGCGCGCAACGCGUCUGUGGUACGGCAUCAGCACCGCGCAUACUCAACUGGGAGGGGAAGCAUCACAGACCCAGCAAUGGCCUUGAAAUCGACGACCUCGCGGCCCUCGACGAUGCCGCUCCGGGGCGGGACGCACGGCGCGCAGCUGCAGCGGUCGAGUGGCUGCCGCGACAUUGGAGGCGCCCAUGAGCCCGACGAACGCGAGGGUCAGAACCGACUUGAGGUUGAACAGCAUGCUCUUUACUUGGCUAGGUGGCAGAAACGGGGAGGUCGAUUCUGGGCUGGCUGGGGGUCUGCUUGCCUCCCUUAUAUGCCCGCCGCUUAUCUGCGGCCCCCCCCCCGGGCAGGGGAGGAUAAGGGCUAUGCCGUGCCCUGGAGUAGCUUGGGAGGAGCACGAGGGACGGGCGCGGAUAGCAAUCUCGCUGCGCAUCACAGAUUCUCUUCCGAGUGUAUUGUAACAAGUAUCGAGGCUUAUGCAACUCAACAAGAUGGGAUGGCGAUGCCCUGAGGAAGCCUUGGCACGAUUGUAUUUUC